AUGCAAGAGGCAGCCGACAAUGACAGCAGCACAGAUGUCUCAGUACAAUCAGUUACAGGAGUGGGCCUUGAAAAAAAAGGCAUCACAGGCCAGGUGAAAGGAACAAGGCUAUCUAACACUUCUUCAGCCCAGGUUUUAAGGUCCUCCUCCAAAACAGCAAGAACCUUGAAGUUAGACCAGAACCAAUUGCAGAACUCCUACUCAGAUUUCAUACGUGAUCUGGCGAAACCUCAAGAAGUAGUGGAUAUGGAACUAAAGGAAAGAAAAGGGAAGAAGCUUAGACAAAUCAGAAGAAUUGACCCUAAAUAUACAUGCAUAAAAAGGAAGAAAGAGAAGAAAAACAGACAUGCUUUGGCUAACAGAGGCUUAGCAGAUGUUGCUCCUGACUCUUACAGAAACACAUAUCUAAAAGAUAAUAGCUCAUCCCCUGCUAUUAAGUCAUCCUCCGAUAAACAUGCAGAGAUUACCUCCAAUCAUGCCUCCAUGGAUACAGAGACCAGUGAUGCACAGACUAGUCUACCAAGCCCUUUGAGCUCUCAGUGUAGCCAGCAGGCCUCCUCAGAAGCGAUCAAAGAAAACAACAGGAAUGCUAGAAGCAAAACAAGAAAACUGAAACUGUUGCAAGCUAGUGGUAGUGUAGCCAACACUACCGAGAAAGGUGUCUCCUUUGAUUCCCUCAAUUCAGGAAUUAAGCAAGGAAAUGUUCGGUUUGAAGCAGCCUACAAGGAUAAUCAGGCUGAUGGUUUUGAUAGAGUCAAGGAGACUCAGGAAAUGUUACAUGAUGCAACGGCUCUGGGAUUGGGAAUCUACCAAGAUCUUAUAGGGUAUGAAGAGGGAGUUCGGGGGAACAUUGACAGAGAAGUAGACGAGUGGACAUCAGUCAAUCAACUUUGUGGGUUGGGUAUGUUGAACAAACGAUAUUCCAUCCGGAAUAGGUUGUUCAACAAGUCUGUUGGCAAAUCAGGAGGGAUCAUAGUGAUGUGGGAUAACUCUAUCUUUGAGGUUAAUUCUUUAGAAUUUGGGGGCCAAUGGAUCAGCCUAAGCGGCAAACAUGUUAAUUCUUCCUUUAACUGCAUGGUAGUUGGUGUAUAUGCUGCAUCUUCUGUUCAAGACCGUGCUAAGCUGUGGGAAGACAUCACCACUCUAAAGUUUGCAUUUGAAUUACCAAUGGUUGUGAUAGGUGAUUUCAAUGAAACUCUUCAUGCUCAUGAGAGAAGUAGCGGCUAUAUUAAUCAUUCAGGGUCAACUGCUCUCCAGUUCCACCUUCAAUUUCCAUUCUUAUCACUCUGCCGCUACCCUAGGGGGAUGUCUGAUCACUGUCAAUUGCUUCUUCAGACACCAAAGGUUGAUUGGGGAUGGAAGCCUUUCUGCUUCCUUAACUGUUGGUUGUCACACCCUUCAUUCUUAGCUGAUUUUCAAAUCCUCUGGUCUGAUAGCUGCAAGGAAUUUCCUGGGGACUAUAGAUUGGUAAAGAAACUAGGAACUUUGGGGAAAAAACUGAGACAUUGGAACAAAUCCACUUUCGGUAAUCAAAAUACAAAACUUGAAGACAUUCAGAACUCCAUCACAACCAUCGAAGAUAUAAGCGAGGUACGCCUCUUGUCUGAGACUGAAAAAUCAAAGCUUAAGAAUCUGAACUCUGAGCUUUGGGAUGUUAGCAGGAAGAUUGAGGAUAUUUGGAGACAGAAAUCCCGCCAAAAUUGGUGCAAAAUGGGGGAUAAAAACACCCGUUUCUUCCAUCUUUUGGCAAGUUUGAGGAAUGGCCGCAACCACAUCAACAAGAUUGAACUGAAUGACAGAUUUUUAGUCUCUCCAAAUGACAUCAAAGAGGGUGCUGUCAACUUCUUCUCAUCUCUGUUUGCCAAGCCACAAUGCAAAAGAAUUGAAAUGGGAGGCUCAGGAUUCUCUAAAAUCUCAGAAGCAAGAUCAGUUUGGUUAGAAAGAUUACCUUUAUUGGAGGAAGUGAAGCAAGCUGUAUGGGAUUGUGAUGGUUCAAAAGCCCCCGGUCCUGACGGGUUCACCUUCUCCUUCUAUAAAAAGACAUGGAAUCUUGUCAGCUCCGACAUCUUUGUGAUGGUCAAAGAAUUUUUCAGAACAGGUAAAUUACCAAAGGGGAUUGGCUCAUCCUUUGUAACGUUGAUUCCGAAGACUAAGGGGUCAUGCAGAUUCUCCCAAUUCCGGCCGAUUAGUUUGAUUCAUGGGUUAUAUAAAAUAGUGGCAAAACUAUUGUCCACUAGGCUUAGAAGUGUCUUGUCAGAUGUGAUAAGUGUAAACCAGUCUGCUUUCAUUGCGGGGCGUCAGAUUCUAGAUGGGUUCAUGAUAGCAAAUGAGGUUGUCCAUGCUAUUCGCAGCAAGAAGGACCACGGGUUUUUGCUAAAGGUAGAUUUUCAUAAAGCCUUUGACUCAAUUUUGUGGGAACAUAUCGAUUCUACCAUGGGCUAUAUGGGUUUCGGCUCUCAUUGGAGGAAUCUAAUUUCUGAAUGUUUGUCCACAUCUAAAUUGGCCAUCCUCAUAAACGACUCUUCUAGUAGAGAAUUCAGUGUGGAAAGGGGUCUCAGGCAAGGGGACCCCCUCUCUCCUUUCCUAUUUGACAUAGCAGUUCAGGGGCUAUCAGUUUUAUUCAACAGGGCAUCUGAUUCGGGUUACUUCAAAGGCUUACAGACUUUUCCAGGGCAUCACAUAACCCAUUUGCAAUAUGCAGAUGACACUUUGAUUUUCCUGCCAAAUGAUUAUUCCUCUCUUCUGCAUGCCAAGAGGAUCCUUCGCUGGUUUGAGAUCAUUUCCGGUCUGAAAGUUAAUUUCUAUAAGAGCUCACUUAUAGGAAUUAAUUUGGACAACGAAUACACUUCAUGUCUGGCUAACACAAUUUUCUGUCGUAGUGACACUUUCCCAGUCACAUACCUUGGGCUGCCUCUUGGUGCUAACCCAACUAGGCUCUCCACUUGGAAACCGGUAUCGUCAACAAUCAGAGCAAAGUUAAGCAAAUGGAAAGGGAAGUUUCUGAGCAUGGCUGGGAGAAUAUGUCUUAUUAAAUCUGUCUUAAACUCUCUACCUCUAUACUACAUGUCUGUUUUUACUAUGCCAAAGGGCAUUACAAAGGCUAUAUCCUCCAUCAAUCUUCGUUUUCUCUGGAAGGGCACCUCAAAUUCACAAGGUAUUUGUAAGGUUGCUUGGCACAAGGUAAUUAAGAGUAAGCCGCUUGGAGGUCUUGGGUUGGGUUCUAUUCACAAGAAAAAUCUGGCUCUGAUGUUUAAAUGGCUCUGGAACCUUGAUAAAAGAGUGGUAGGAGGUUGGCAAGAUCUUAUCCUACGAAAGUACCGACCAUACUUUGUAAAUGGCCUUCCUGUGUUUGUAGGCUCUUUAUCUCCAACUUGGCGUGGCUUGGUAUCUGCAAUUUCCUUAAAUCAUAGCAUAUCCGCUCCCCUCCAAUACAAUGUCGGGUUCAAGGUGGGCGAUGGGAGAAACAUCAGGUUCUGGUCUGAUUCAUGGCUAGGCCACGCAGCCCCUCUUCAGUUCAUGUUUCCUAGGCUUUACAACCUCUCUCUGCAGCAAUCUUUAAGCAUUGCAGAAGUCCAUAACCAAAGUGAUAACUCAAUCAAUCUUUCUUGGAGAAGACCCCUUCGAUCCCGCGAGCUCCGCAUGCGGGAAAGCUUGAUAGCAGAAGUGGAACGUGGUCUAGUCUUCUCUGAUGGUGAAGACAACAAGAUUUGGAAAUCCCACAGCUCCAACGUUUACACAGUCUCCUCAGGAUGCCAUCUUCUUGAUGGUUUAAUUGUUUCAACAAACCUUCACUCCCCUGCUCUGCUUUGGAAAGGGUUUGCUCCUCCGAAAAUAGAUGUGUUCAUAUGGCUUCUCCUAAACGGCAGUGUUUGCACAAAAGAUUUCUUAGCGAAGAGAAGAAUCAUCAAUUAUGAGGAAGCUCUUUGCCCUUUCUGCUGCAAGGAGAUUGAGACUAUACACCAUCUCUUCCAUCUCUGUCCUACAUCUUGGUCUCUCUGGGGUAGACUCUUUAGGUGGUUUGGAUGUGUAGGCUGUCUGCCAAAAGACCCAAAUCAUAACCUUCAGGAAUGGUCCUGCCUGUUAAAAGGAAAUUUUCAACGUCAAGCAAUUACCCUUCUCUGUAAAGGAUUAUACUGGUCAAUUUGGAUAGCGCGCAACAAUAUGAUCUUCGACUCCAAAACUCCAGAUUGGGAUGUGAUUUUUGACCUCGCCUUUCAUCGGUUGGCCUUUUGGUUGAAGUCCUCUGUUAAAAAUUUCAGUUACACAGGUUCCGAUCUUUAUAGAAAUCCUGAAUGUAUCAUGAACUGGACUAACUAG